AUGAGACUUGUGAUCUUAUUGUUCCUAAUAGUUUCAUCAAUCACUAUUGGAUAUGCGCAAAGAUUCCCAGUUACACGUCCGCCGAGGAGAGAAACCUAUCUAACAGGUUCAGAGUUCGAGCAAAGUCUCUUCACUCAUUUGCUCAAUUCAACAUCUGUUAGUAUUCUUGAGGAUGAUAUCACUCUACUUCUCACCAGUUCAAAUCUCACCUAUUCAGUAAAUGAUGCACAAACCCCGUUCGAGUAAGUUUCUUCUGCGCUCUUCUCAAACAAUACCAUAUUUUUUGUAGAUUCGUUGACCGUCUCUAUUAUUUCUCCGAGGAUUCAUUUAACAGAGAUAACAGUGAGAACUUCACAUUCACUUAUAUGUGCGUUUUUAAUGUAACUGCUGAUGACGACGAUAAUGUAUUCAAACAGGUGAGAAAAUUCACAUUUUCACUUCUCAGAGGAUCAAUCAUGCAUACCUUAGUUAGGUAACCUAACAACCUUAUUAUGUUUAGAUCUCAUUCCGCGGUGGUUCUCCGAUCGACGCAUUUGUUUUCGGCUGUGAAAACAACAAAGAAUGUUGUGGGUUGAAAUGUUGUGGUGAUGAUGUUUUGAUCAACAUCAUUAUUGUUGGAGCAAUUAGUAUCGCUUUGUUGCUUUUGCUUUUGUGCAACAUCUUGAUCGGUUUCAAGAAACGACGAGGUGGUUUAGAAAUACGAAUUCUAGCGUGAUCUUUAAAAUCUGGUUUUACAGAAAAUGGAAAGAAUGGAGCAGGAACUUCAUCUGCUGUUUAUGAAGUUGGACGAACAACUGAUACAAUGGGAGGAGAAGAAAUCGAUGCUUGUCACAUUACUUUGGAAACCGCAACACCUAAAACACCCAAAGUUCCUUCUCAAAAACCAUAA